AUGUCCGUGAACGGACCCCAAUCCCGACCGGCCAGCUUCCACACUACCACCCCACCCACCAUAGAUCAACGAUCAAACGGCGUGUAUGUACAGCAGAGACCCCCGAGACAGCCAGUUCAACAAACAACUCGGAGUGGUGAGUGGGUGCCGGGCGUGAUCCCUCGCCAGAACCUCCAGCAGUCGCACGCCCAAUUCAUGGCUCUGGAGAAAGAAUUCCAGAACCUCGUAAAGUCUUCCUCACCGAACCACUCCCGCCAUGAUAGUUUUGAUAGUGUGAUCUCCACCCGGAGCAGCUACUCUCGGCCAUCCUCUGCCACGAGCCAAGCCUCCUCCGGCCCGACGGACACAAAAGAUGGCCAAUUGCAUGGCGCCAGAAGAAAUUACACCUCCUCCCCGUUAGCCAAACCAGCGAGGCCAUCGGUCGACACAACAGCCAGUUCAAGAGGUACUACGCAUAUCAACGGCCCUCCCGCGACGGCGGUUCCUUCGAGCAAGAAACAUAUAAGGGGGGAGAGCAAAAGUUCGAGGCUUCGACGGGUGCUAUCGAUAGGUAGCCUUGAUAAUGUCUCAAAGUCUGGCGAGAGCGUGACUGAGAGUCAUGAUGGUAAAAAUACGAGGAUGGGGGGCGUCGAUGAUGGUCAAGAACAUGGAAGCGAACGGCCACAUACACCUAAUCGCGAGCACGGAAUCUAUGGCUCUAACAUCUUCAGCCGAUCGCUAGAAAGUAUCGCGGCGUCCACAAAAGGCUCUUCAGCAUCUGCCAUGCUUAAGAAGGUAGGCAGCGGCGUGAAGAGAGGCUCACGGUCACUGUCCGGGCUCUUCCGCCCCAAGUCCCCUUCGCCCCUCGUCACAGAGGUCAGCCAGCCUACCGUGUCAAUGGUCACGGUCGAGGCUGAGACACCACUCGUUAAAGGGCCACUACCCCCUAAGGUUUCCGAGGCAUUUCCUGUUAUAGGACUCGGCUCACCGAAAUCCAGCUUGGAUCACGAAGUUCCCAAAAUUCCAGAGCGAAACAGAGGUGACUCUCUAAGUCCACCGGAAGACCCCAAGGCGCAGAGUAUGGGGUUGAUUCGCGGCACCAGCCCGAUCCCCAAGGGUAUUCUCAAGGGGUCAGCGAGUCCGGAUUUACGCCCUACGUCCAGAAAAGAGGUACCAACGUUUUCUGAUGUCCUUUCAUCUCCAAGCCCAAGUGUGCCCAGCACCCCAACAAACGAGGCCCAGGAUUCCCGCAUGCUCAAUCCCUUCCUCACGAGUGAUCUCACGACCGAUUUUGAGGGUUUGAUGGAGGCUUUGAAUCGGGUAAACGGCAUUGAUGAGCCCAUCGAGGCUGUACAGGCUGUGCAAGCUGUGGCCAAACCAAAGCACCACACCUCAUUUUCUCCGCGUCUCGUCUUCUAUGAUACGUGGACGCCGGAGGAAUACGACAGACGAGGGGAAGUUGCAACCUGCAAUCUGCUCACGCCUAAACUGGCUCAGCAGAUAAAGGACGAAAUCAACACUUUUAAAUUGGAAAUGGACGUGCAUGAGACGUCGAAGAUGUACACACAAUUUCACUAA